AAGAUUGAAUUAUUAAAAAUGAAAAAAGAAAACCAUAUCUUAAAUGAAUGAAAGGCUGUAAACUCUUGAGCUUGCAUCACUCAUCCAAUUCUGCUCCUUAAUCCUCUCUCUCUCUGUCUCUCUCUCUCUCUCUCACUCAAUUUCUCUGUCUCUCUCUCUAAGGAAGCAGCUGCUACCGCCGUCUUUAAUUAAGUAUCAGCACAAACAAUGGAAGGAGAAGCUGCUGCCGCCGUUCUUCAAACUCUAGUUCAGAAUGUCAUCGACCUUUGCAAGAAAGAGAUCUCUCAGAUCCGAGAUCUCGACAAAAAUGCAGCAAAGCUAACUACGAGUCUCAAAACCAUCCAAAAAUUCUUGAACGACGCUGAGACGCGUAACAUCACCAGCGAAGCUGUCAAGGACUGGCUGAAGAAUCUUGAAGAUGUGGCUUUCGAUGCUGACAAUGUUUUGGAUGAAAUCAACUAUAAUAUUCUCUCCAAACAAAUCAAGCCCGCCGAGCCCGAGGAGGAAAAGGUACCAUCAUGCUUUCCAUGCUUCUCAUGCUUCAAGGAUAUUUCAUGUUCUCGAAAUAUGGCUCUUAAAAUCAAAGAAAUCAAUGAGAAUUUGGAGUCCAUUAACAAAGAGGCCACCGAGCUUGGCCUCAGAGAGAAGCUUGCCAAUGAGCCUGCUUUGGUUAUUACUGCUGUGGAAACUGCUGCAUACACUCUUGAUCCAAUUUUUAUUGGAAGAGAUGAUGCUGCGUCGAAAGUAGUUGAGAUGCUUACCGCCAAUAGCAUCACAAUUGGUGAACACGCAGUGUCCGUCAUUUCCAUUGUAGGGAUGGGGGGAUUGGGGAAGACGACUUUGACUAGGAAAGUCUUGAAUCAUCUGAAGAAUCGGUUUGGGUCAUAUAUUUGGGUGCAUGUUUCUCCAAAUUUUGAUCCAAUAAUUCUUUUCAAGAAAAUUCUCAAAGAGGUUUCCCAAAAUAACAAAGAUAUUCUUUCAAAGUCGGAUGAAGUUGCAGUUGAGAGUAAGCAAGAUAUUCUUUCAAAGCUUAAAAUAGCUUUGAAAGAUAAAACUUAUCUUCUUGUUCUCGAUGAUGUAUGGAAUGAAGAGCGUUCCAAAUGGGAAGAUUUUAUUAAUUCCUUGUUGGGAGUUAGUGGUGUCGUCAAAGGAAAUGCCAUUGUUGUUACGACCAGAAAUAUGAACGUGGCUUCAAUUGUGAAUCCACUUCAUGUACAUCAGUUGAAAGGCUUAUCGGAUGAUGAGUGUUGGUCAAUAAUCAGAGUAAAAGCCUUUGGAAAAGAAGAUGUUCCGUCAGAACUUGAGGCCAUUGGGAGACAGAUAGCGAAAAGAUGUCAAGGAUUGCCAUUAGCUGCCAACGUAGUUGGGGGAGUGCUGCAUAAUAAACCCAAGGAAAAAUGGUGUUUAAUAGAGGAGAAAUGGCUUUCAGCCAAUGAAGGAGGAGUUGAUAUCACAAACAUAUUAAGAUUGAGCUUUGAUAAUCUGUCUCCGCCGUUACUUAAGAAGUGCUUUGCGUACUGUGCCAUGUUUCCUAAAGGCUCCAAAAUCAUCAAACAGAAACUGAUUCAGAUGUGGACGGCAGAAGGUUUUCUUCAAGCUGAUGGAAGCGAUGACAUGGGUGAAAAAUUUAUCAAUGUUCUUCUGCACAACUCUUUACUGCAAGUUUCAGAGAGAGAUGAUGAUGGAAAUGUAGAAAGUUGUGGCAUGCACGAUCUUGUGCACGAUCUCGCUUGUUCUGUUUCAAGUUCCUCUAACAAUGCAGGUGGUAGCAGCCGAGUUCGAUAUAUGACUCUCGGAGACGACAACUGUGGAGAUAUAUCAAGUCCUAUCGAAAAAGAAAUGGCAAAAUCUGUGCGUUCAUUAUUAAUAUCAUUCAAAGAUGAUAUUUCUGGUAUCAACUUCUCAGACUUCGAAAGUUUGCAUGUUUUAGGUCUUGACUCUGAAGUUAAAGAGUUGUCAAGUUCUAUUCGGAAGUUGAUACAUUUGAGAUAUUUUGACAUUUCAAAGACAAGAAUUGUAUAUUUGCCAAGUACGAUUCAGUACUUGAUUAACUUGAGGCAUCUUUAUAUUAAUGAGAAGGUAGAGUUGCCUAUGGGAAUUGGGAGAUUAACUUCUCUCCAAACGCUAACCCACUUUCCAGUGGGCGACGAGAAUGGCUGCAAGAUUGAAGAGCUCGGAAAGUUGAUUAAUCUUAAAGGGGAGUUACAGAUUUGCAAUCUCGAAAGGGUUCAUGACAAGGAAGAGGCUGGGAAAGCCAAUUUAUUCAAAAAGUCAAAAAUAUUGAACUUGUGUUUGAUGUGGGGUGAAGACAGAGAAGGUGAAAGAAAUGAUGAGGAUGUAUUGGAAGGCCUUCAACCUCACUCAGAUAUGAGGGUGUUAAAGAUUGAUGGAUUUAAUGGAAAAAGAUUUCCAUUAUGGACUGAGAAGAUGUCAGUUCGAGAUGCGCCUCAAGGCUCUUGGGUGUUACUUAACAACUUAAUGUCGUUAUCACUCUUUUACUGCAGAGAAUGUGAAGAGAUCCCAAUGUUGGGGCAGUUACCCAAUCUCAAGUCCCUUGUGUUGUUGGGAAUGCCUAAGCUGGCAGAGUGGGCAGAAAUAGAAAUUUCGGAUGGAAGUGAAGUGAAGCUAUUUCCUCGCCUCCAACAUUUGGAAAUUAAGUGGUGCAAGCAAUUGAUGAGUGUUCCAAGUCAUGUCUCAUCGUGCCUUGAAGAUUUGGAGAUUCAUAAGAUCGGUGUGGAAUGUCUGCCAGCUGAUUGGUUAUUGAGUAACAGCGAGACUCUCUCGAAGUUGUAUAUAAGUUGGUGCCCGAAUUUGAGAGAAAUAUCAGAUAGGUGGGGAGAAGAAGAAUCAGAAGGAAGAAGCUUCACAAUCACAUCCCUCCCUAAAUUCCCUCGUCUAACAUUUGUGAUGAUUCUACGCGUUCCUAAGUUAAGUUUGGAGACUGUGGAUGCAAUGCGGCGCCUCGAAGUUAAUGGAUACAAACGCAUUCGCCCGUGACGUUUAUCUUGAGGGAAGUGAAAGGUGUGUAAUUCAGUGAAGCAGGCGAUCUAGUGAAGAAGGAAUAAUGGGUAUGAUUCUAAAGCCAUGGCAGAGAUAGGGGAGCUUCUGAGGAGCAUGGAGGCGAGGCGGCCUCAACUAGUGGCGCUAACGAGCUUGCUCGUGGGGAAGAACGACGACAGUUUAGUUGUUGAGUCUGAAGAGAAGGAUGAUGACAAAAAUUCAGAUAGCAAUAUUGAAGAUGGAAGUUGUGGAAGUUGAACCCAAUCCCAGCAACAAGGGAAAUGGAAAAAGGCACACCAAUGAAAGAAUGUUGAGCAUAUUAUAUAACAUUAAAACAAAGUUUGAAUUUGCAUCACCAUUAGAAUCUUGCAAGUAAGUUCUAACUUGCAGGACAGAAUAUUUGGUUUUAAUUUAUCAAUUGCGUCUUUUAUAAACAGACGAAAGUAGUAAUAAGACUUUCAGUUUGCAUGGACGAAGGUAGUAAUAAAACUACAAUUUGAAUUUGCUGA